GCACCCUUAAUUUGUUUCUAGGUGUUGGCUGCCAAUUGUAGAGUGCAAAUGAAAAGUUACAGAUUGGUGGCUUCGUUAACAAAAUUUUCAGUUAUUUGUGUAGUUGAAGACGGGAAUUUGUUUUGCGUAUAAAAAGUUAACAUUACGUGGAUCUAAUAUACACCAACCGCACAUUCAUACCAACUACCAACCAAAAAAAAAAAAAAGAAAUAAAGUAACCAAACAAAAAAACCAAAUAAUUCAAUUGGCAGAGCACAAAAGGACGACUACGACAAAAACGUCAUUUAUAAAUGCAUACCGUAUUACCGAGAAUAAAAAUAUAAUGCGUGAAUAGUAUUAUUCGAAAACUAAAAAAACCGAAACUUUUGCAGAACAAAGUUCAUGAUUUAUCAAUACUAGAGACAGUGCACAAAAUAAACGCCGUAUGAAAGCGUGAUCAUCCAAAGCUAUUUAUUUGACUAAGCUAUUGGCCAGCUUAAAAAAAGUAAGCCACAUCUACUGAGCGAGUGGAAGAAUACAGAUCACACACACAGCACAACACAGCACAAGGAUUUAGAAAAGCCGGCUAGCCGAAUCCGAAACCGAAUCCUCAACCAAAUCAUCCCAUAAGGACGCCUCUGUCUCAACGAUCACAAGAUGAAUGAACUAGACAGUCUCAGGCAGGAAGCCGAAUCCCUAAAGAAUGCCAUUCGGGAUGCCCGGAAGGCGGCCUGCGACACAUCACUGUUGCAAGCAGCCUCAUCGCUGGAACCCAUUGGCCGCAUACAAAUGCGUACACGUCGUACAUUACGCGGUCAUUUGGCGAAAAUCUAUGCCAUGCAUUGGGGCAACGAUUCAAGAAAUCUCGUAUCAGCCUCACAGGACGGCAAAUUGAUCGUUUGGGACUCGCAUACCACGAACAAAGUCCAUGCCAUUCCACUGCGAUCAUCGUGGGUGAUGACCUGUGCGUACGCCCCAUCCGGUAGCUAUGUGGCCUGCGGCGGCCUCGACAACAUGUGUUCAAUUUACAACCUAAAGACGCGCGAGGGCAAUGUCCGGGUGUCCCGUGAGCUGCCCGGCCAUGGUGGCUAUCUAUCGUGCUGCCGUUUCCUGGACGACAAUCAGAUCGUGACCAGCUCCGGUGAUAUGUCGUGCGGAUUGUGGGACAUUGAGACGGGAUUGCAGGUCACCUCUUUUCUUGGCCACACCGGUGAUGUUAUGGCUCUAUCGCUGGCGCCACAAUGCAAAACGUUCGUAUCCGGCGCCUGUGAUGCGUCCGCCAAGCUAUGGGACAUACGGGAGGGCGUUUGUAAACAAACCUUCCCCGGCCAUGAAUCCGAUAUCAAUGCGGUAACAUUUUUCCCCAAUGGCCAGGCAUUUGCCACCGGCUCGGACGACGCAACCUGUCGACUGUUCGACAUUCGUGCCGAUCAGGAGUUGGCAAUGUAUUCGCACGACAACAUCAUAUGCGGUAUCACAUCGGUGGCAUUCUCGAAGAGCGGACGUCUGUUAUUAGCGGGAUACGAUGAUUUCAACUGCAAUGUAUGGGACACGAUGAAGGCAGAACGGUCGGGCAUACUCGCUGGCCACGACAACCGUGUAUCCUGUUUGGGCGUUACCGAAAAUGGUAUGGCGGUGGCAACAGGAUCGUGGGACUCCUUCUUGCGCGUAUGGAACUAAAGUAAAACCAGUAAAAACCAAACAAACAAAACAAAAACAAAAAAAGAAAAAGAACUUCAAAAUGCAUUAAAGGGUGGGGUGGGGUGUCAGGUCAACGGUUGCGCAGUCUGCGGAUAGUGUUUCACCCAUCAUCUACAUUGUGAUCUAAUGUAUAUGAUUCGGUGUUACCUCUGUGGUUAAUAUUAAAUGAGUGCCGGACGUUUUGAAUAUGUGGGCGCAGCUAGUUGACUAGAACGUAGACCACAACAACAAAGAACUUUAUAUACAACAUUAUUUAUAUUGCUAUAUACUUAUUAACUAAAAUUAUACAAAAAAACAAAUAAAAAAAAACCAAACAAAAAAAACCGCAGACAUACGCAGCAACAUACAAAUAGACAUACACACGCAUACAAGAAUAUUAUUAGUGUAAAUGGAAAAUUGAAACAAAAAAAAAAAAUGAAAAAUGAAACAAAAACCAAAAGAAAAUGAAAAUGAAAACGAUGGGCCCGCUGAUGUUAGUCAGUUGUUUAGUCAGAAUUCCGGUUACAGCUACAGUUUAAAAACGUACGUAAAUUAAACUUAGUUCAAAUCGUAUUUCAGCGGUGAGUGCAACUGAAAAUCCAUGGGAAAUCCCCAGGAGUGCGCCAACACACCGUAAUUGCGUCAGUCAGUCGUUUGCACUUUGUAAAAGAAAAAGAAGAGGUAUCAUUGUAAUCAUUGUAUGUCAAACAAGUAAAUACAUAUUCUUUUGCGUAUAAUACAUAAAAACAACUUCAGCAUGUGUGGAUCCUGAUGAAUAGGAUGUGGAAGUCAAAUAAAGUUAAAGCAUUUAAAAAAAAUAACAAAAAAAAAAAAAAAAAAGAAUCACGGCAAAAACCUAAAGUAAAACAAAACAAAAAAAUUGCGUAAUAAACUUUAUAAAUCAAGUAAUGAAACAAAAAGUAAACAAAACACUAUAACAAAUUUUUGUCUUAUUAUGUUUAAGUCCCUAAUUUAUAUACAAACAAAAAAUAAGAAUGAUUUAAAUAACAUAUAUGUAAACUAUGCAUUAGUGAAAAAAAGUGGAAAACUAUUUAUAUAUAAUAUGAUGGCCAUAUAAGCUAUAACAAUAAAUUGAAAAACACCUUUAAAUCUUAUAAUACAUUUAUAAAUGUUUAACAAAAUCUUAACAAAAAAUACAUUCAUAGAAUUGCGGCAGUAAGGGCAUAAAAAAGCAUCAUGGAAAUAAUUUGAGCAUUCAUCCCUCACUAUAUAAUUAAAUUUUGUUCAAUUUAUUCUCCUAAAUUUGUAUGAGGUUUUACAUAAAUAUAUGGCUUAUCUGAGGUUUGAAGAAUGCAAAAAAAAAAACGAUUGUAGAAUGCAAACAAGAAACUAAAGCUUAUAUUGUGAAAAUACUGAUAUUGUCUUGCUGUCUUACGAAUAUACUGAAUCAUCAAGUUCUUAUCCAUUUUUUUCUUUGUUUUAAAUUAAUUUUAAGAGGUAAUAGGAAAAUUCGCGGAAAACUUGAUUCCAGCAUUCUAAAAUCCUAGUAAUACCAAAAAAUAAUAAACAAAUUUCAUUGAAAAUUGUAAUAAACUUAUUGGUUUAUUGACCUUCUUAAAGUAUUUUUUAAACGAUAAUAAUCUUGGUCCGAUAGGUAAAUUGUGAUUUAAAGUGAAUAGUUUUUCAAGCAACGAGGAAUCCUAAACCAAUCCCAAUCAAAAACAACUUAAUCAACAUUUAAAAUGGACGAAAAAUUGUGUAUUUUUACCAACUUUUGAUGCUUGAUAAAUAUAUUGAACCGAAUAUUCCUAUGUA